ACGAAACCCUAACACACGAAUGUGGAGUAUAUAUGAUACUACUAUCUGUAUUCCGAAACCAUAGCUGCAAAGUAAUUCUUCAGAUCUACGCCUCCGUCCUCUAAAUCUCCAAUUUGUUUGUGAUUUUUGAUAGAUAUGAAGGUUGUAGCUGCUUACUUGUUGGCUGUGUUGGGCGGCAACUCUGCCCCCUCCGCCACUGAUAUUUCCGACAUCCUCGGCUCAGUUGGAGCUGAGUUCGAUCAGGAUAGAGUCGAAUUGCUCUUAUCUCAAGUUGCUGGCAAAGAUAUCACUGAGUUGAUUGCCGCUGGAAGGGAGAAAUUGGCUUCAGUACCAUCAGGAGGUGGUGCAGUUGCUGUCUCCGCACCUUCUGGUGGAGGUGGUGCUGCACCUGCUGCGGCUGCUGAGUCUAAGAAAGAAGAGAAAGUGGAAGAGAAGGAGGAGUCUGAUGAUGACAUGGGUUUCGGUCUCUUUGACUAAGAAGUUUGUCAACGAUUGCUAUGUCAAUUGUUUGUUUUUUAACUUUUGUCGUAGUAGAUUAUGCUAUCUUUAUGGUAUUGUUUUAAUUGUAGUUGGAGAAGAUUUUGAUGCUUCAAUGAGGCUUUGUGCACAAUGAUGAUAUUAUAUACACUCAAUUUUGAAUUUCAA